AUGAGCCAAGGUUCUCCCGCCGCGACGGGGUCCGGUUCAGGGACAGCAGAGCCGGCCCAUGGGCAGCACGGGGACUCCUCCCCCAACGCCGCCGCCGCCGCCUCCGCCACCCCGAGCGCCGUCGCGGCCGAUGCUUCCUCCUCCUUCUCGCCGCCACCUCUCCCCCCUGCGGCGCCCCUCCAGCGGCCCCAAGAAGAGCGGGGCGGCGAGCAGGCCGGAGGCUCGAGCUCCGCCGCGGCGGGGGUCGACCGGAAUGGCAAGAAUCUCCCCUCCGCACCCGCAGUUCCUUCUUCGGAGUCUUCAUCUUCGAGCUCCGGGGGCAGCAGCCCCGAGGACGCCGACGCCGCGGCCUCCGGAUCCCGGCCGUUCGACAGCACGGCGGUGUUCCAGCAACUGCUACGGGAGCAGACGGCCAUCAAGGAGGCGGGUGGGCCGUUGGCCGAGGGGACGAGCAAGAAGAAGAAGCCGGAGGAGGCGCAGGUGAAAUCGUCGCACGCCAUAGCGGAGCUCUGCCACAAUCUUAUAAAGUUUUUUCUUGGAGAAGAAUGGCACUAUUCAGAACAUGUGAAUUACCAGACACAUCCCAUCACUGAAGUCAGAAAGUAUUAUCGGGUUCCUGAUUUGGCUACGGGACAAGGAGUGGACCAUCUUGAUGCCUAUUCAGAAUUUAGACGGGUGACUGGAGAUGGGGAGUGUUUCUACAGGAGCUUCAUAUUUUCCUACCUUGAGCAAGUUCUUGAUAGGCAGGACACACAUGAGGAACACCGUCUGCUUGAUGCUGUUAAAAGAGUGUCUGUGCAACAUGCAGAUCUAGGAUGGACCUCUAAAUUUCCCAGGAGCUACAGAGCAUUUAAGAAGCUGAUUAAGAAAUUAAAGAGAUGGAAGAGGCACGGCAUGUGGAAGUGGAACAGCAUAACAUCAACUAGCAGCUACCGUAAAGAGAAACUUCUCGAGUUCUUCAGAAGUUACGAUACGACGCAAGACAUUCUUACUUUCCUCAGAUUAGUAGUAGCCAUCUGGAUAUGCUCGCACAGGGAGGAGUAUGAACAGCGUGUACCAGACCUCAGUGAACAUUACAGUCUGAAAGAUUGGUGCUUUGAGCACGUCACUCCAUCUCGUGAGUACACGGACCAUGUUAUGAUGACGGCCUUGGCCGAAGCGCUUGAGGUACCCCUUAGAGUGGAGCAACUCAAUGGAGGACCUGCUCACGAUAUCUACACUGGUCCUGGACCUGGAGUUCCUCUUGUGAGUGUGACCCUUCUGUAUAUGGGCAUUCACUAUGAUGUCCUCUACCCACGCGCUGCUCCUGCCGAGAGUUCAAGUCAACAGAAUUCCCAGUGAAAAGAUCCUGCUGAUUAGAGUUGAAGUCAACAGAUUCUGCUGGAUGUUGCUGAGUUUAGGUGGUAGAGAGUUAGACAUUGGGGUAGCCAUAGCAUACACUUAGUUGUGCAUUCUUCUUCCUCCUCUGUUGGCACAAACAGCUGGUGCCGAUACAUUGAUCAGUAGCUGCUCCCUUGUCUGAAGGUUGACAAGGAAGAAAAACUUGUGGUGUGGUUUGUCUGAAUUGUUGGCUGAUGUACAGUGAAUCUUCUGUGGUCACAUUACAACUUGUUAAUUGCUUCCAUCUUUAAUGCUUCCAUUCUUGAUAUCA